CUCGGUCCACCGCUGACAGCUUCACCGAGCCGGCGGACACGCAGAAGAGCGGUGGCGCGCGCCACUCUGGGAUCAUAAAACCGGCGCUCUGUCCUGCCUUUUCGAGCCAAACUCGAUUUCGACAGAAAUAUAACGCGAGUAUGGUGGCUAUUUGAGAAAGAAAGAAAAAAGAGAAAAAGAUGGCACAGAAAGACACGCUGCUACAUCUGUUCGCUGGGGGAUGUAGUGGUACGGUGGGAGCCAUCGUGACCUGCCCCCUGGAGGUGUUGAAGACACGGUUGCAGUCCUCUGGCCUCACCCUCAGACCCGUCUUCCAGGUCCAGCUGGGCACACUUAGCGGCACCGGGGUUAUCCGACCAGGGACUGUUACACCGGGGCUACUGCAGGUCCUACGAUCAAUUCUAGAAAAAGAGGGACCAAGAUCACUUUUCCGUGGCCUGGGGCCGAACCUUGUUGGCGUGGCCCCCUCAAGAGCCAUUUACUUUGCUGCGUACUCAAAAUCUAAAGAGAUGUUCAACGGGCUGUUCGUUCCUAAUAGUGGAGUGGUGCACAUGUCCUCUGCUGGUGUAGCAGCUUUCGUUACCAACUCUCUGAUGAACCCCGUCUGGAUGGUCAAGACCAGGAUGCAGCUGGAAAAAAAGGCCAGAGGAGAGAAGAAGAUGAAUGCACUGCAGUGCGCCCGCUAUGUUUACAAAAUGGAAGGGAUUCGGGGCUUCUACCGAGGCCUGACUGCAUCAUAUGCUGGCAUCUCGGAGACCAUGAUCUGCUUCCUCAUCUACGAGACACUGAAGAAAAACCUCGCCAACAGCCAAUUCACCUCCCCGAAUAGUGAACAUGAGAAAGGAGCAGCUGACUUCCUGAGUCUGAUGAUGGCAGCUGCUUUUUCAAAGGGUUGUGCGUCCUGCAUAGCCUACCCACACGAGGUCAUCCGGACAAGGCUGCGUGAGGAAGGCAGCAAGUACAAGUACUUCUUCCAGACAGGGAGGUUAAUAGCGGUGGAGGAAGGCUAUGCAGCUUUUUAUAGAGGACUCAUUCCACAGCUAAUCAGACAGAUCCCUAACACAGCCAUCGUGCUCUCCACGUAUGAACUCAUUGUCCAUCUGCUGGGAGACUCCAAGUGAAGAAAUGCCUGAAAGUUAGGAUUUUCCUGACCAACGAUGGAUGCAGAAAACCCAAGGCACAAGCGGGGCGAGAGACUUGAAAAUGCAGCACAUUUUUUUCCCCCCCAAUGUGGUGCUACAGAGACUUUAUGGUGGAAUUGAAGCAGGUUGUAUUGUUAUCCAAAGAGCUAAACACAUUAUUUUACUGAAAGUUUGUCAUUAGGAGUUUAUCAAAAUAACUCGAGGCCGUGGUACUUUUAUUAAAACUCCAAACCUGUGAAAAAGGUCAUCUUCGUAGAGGACUAGUGUUAAGUUAACUAAAUUAUUUUAUGUUUCGUUAUAUUAUGACAAUGUAUGUUUUCUUUUAUCAGUGGUAAAUGUACCAACACAUGCAACUGUGCAGGUUAACUCAUUUAGUAAUGGUGGGAAGUAUUCAGAUGAGGUGCUAGUAAUAGUGCUGUUCUUUGCAAGGUAGUGACCACACAAGUCAUUUUGAGAUUUCUGUUUCACAAAUACCAUGUUCUGGUUUUGAAGUUUGAAUUACAGAGAGAUUUAUCAUAUUUUUCAUUAAUAUAUAUAUAUAUAUAUAUGGUGUGUGUGUGUGUAUAUAUACAUAUACACACGCACACACAUAUACACAGGCUUAUCUGUAUGUUCUUUGUGAAAAACACAGUCACCUUUUACAAUAUAAUGAGAACUAAGAUGCUUAUUUGACCAGUGGCUCAAUAAAAUGCAUCACGAAACUACA